UCCACCACCGCCAACGCCGCCGGUCACCUGCAAGAACGCUCUCACGAGACGAACUCUGCGACGACGUGGCUGAGAGCUUACACCGAGCCGCUUACCCGAGUCUCCAACAUCUUGACUGCUCUUGACUGCUCUUGACUGCCUCUUGCUCCCCAGGAAACCACGCACCAAUCCUCAUAUCAACUCUACACCGCUCCAGCAAAGAUGGCGGGGAAAAUGACAUUGUACAAGCUGGUGGUGCUGGGCGACGGAGGUGUGGGCAAGACAGCCCUGACCAUCCAGCUCUGCCUGAACCACUUCGUUGAGACAUACGACCCUACAAUCGAGGACUCGUACCGCAAGCAGGUCCAGAUCGACGGCCAGUCGUGUAUGCUCGAAGUCCUCGACACCGCUGGUCAGGAGGAAUACAUUGCACUGCGAGACCAGUGGAUACGUGACGGCGAGGGAUUCGUCCUCGUCUACAGCAUAUCGUCACGAUCUUCGUUCGCGCGCAUACAGCGCUUCCACAGUCAGAUCCAGCGCGUCAAGGAGACGGCUAUGGCUGGCUCCCCCACCUACCCCGGCUCCCCUAUCAGCGCAUCGGCCCCCGUAUUUGGACAGGCCCCUGUCAUGCUCGUGGGCAACAAAUGCGAUCGCGUUACCGAGCGCGAAGUAUCCACACAAGAGGGUCAGGCCCUAGCCAAGGACUUGGGCUGCGACUUUGUCGAGGCAUCUGCUAAGAACUGCGUAAACGUCGAGAAGGCCUUCUUCGACGUGGUCAGGCAGCUUCGUCGACAGCGACACCAGGGUUCUGGCCGUCAUUCGGACAGAAGUGAGAAGACUCGAACACGCGUGCCAGGCAACGACCGCGUUCGAGGAUCCGGCGGUGAUCGCGGAGGCAACAACGGCCGGCCAGCUAAACGCAAGGACAAGCCCAAGUGCGUCAUAUUGUGAGCACUGGCUUCACGAGCGGCGAGACUUGAGCAUUUGGAAUUACAGCACAUCCUCACGAGCCACGACAUAUACCUCGUAACCGCCACCAUAAACCCUCAUAGACCGCCAUGUUCAUAUGGCGUCGGCAUAGGAGCGGCGUUAAGCACU